AUGGCCGUGGAGUUUAAGACACUGAUAGCACCUGUGGGCAUUGUGCGGAUACUAGAGGUGAUCUUCACCCUUAUAACCGUAAGCCUUGUGGGAUCAUUAACCCACCAGUCUUACUCCCUCUGGGUAUGGUGCAUCUUCACCUGGUCCUUCUGCGUCAGCGUCUCCUUACUCAUACUCAUCCUGGAGCUCUUUGGUCUCAGUGCAAGGUUACCCAUCUCCUGGAAUGACUUCACUACAUCUUUUGCCAUGUUGGCUACCCUAAUGGUGCUGGCAGCAUCCAUCAUCUAUCCUGUCUUUUACGCUUGCUCCAACUGUGGCAUACAGAUUGGUGCCACUGUUACCUCCAUUCUGGCCUUCAUCCUAUACGCCGUUGAGGUUGGGCUGACCCGUGCCAAAUCUGGUGAGAUAAGUGGAUUUCUGGCCACAGUCCCAGGUCUCCUCAAAGUUCUGGAGGCCUUUGUGGCCUGCAUCAUCUUCAUCUGCUUGGAGGAAAGCAUUUAUAGUCAUUAUGUAGGACUCCAAUGGUGUGUUGCUGUCUAUUCCAUUUGGUUCAUUUUCUCCCUACUUGUCAUCAUUUUAACUAUUGGCCGCCUUUUGGCUUACUUACCAUUUGAAAAAAUUCUUAUAGUCUGCAAUGUGUUGGCUGUGUUGAUGUACAUGACAGCUGUGGUCAUCUGGCCAGUGUAUGUCUUCAGGAACAAUCCUAGGCCAAGUUACUGCUCAACACAUAUUAUUUGUCGAUGGUGGGAUAAUUUAGUUGUCAUAAGUUUCAUGACCUGUGUCAACCUUGUUGCCUAUGUUGUUGAUACUGUUUAUUCUUUUAGGCUGGUCUUUGUCAGUACAACAUAG